UAGUAGUGCAAAGUUUUGCCACCAGAAUGCUCUAGGUAUGCUCCAGUCUUCUUAACCUAAAAAUGACUGACCCUCCAGAAAAACGUGACCGGCCAAAACGUUCAUGUCAAGGCAAUCAAAACCCUCACUACGAACCAGUCAAUCUAGAUGAUUCUGAGAUUGAGGGCGCGUUAAAUGAUGAUGAUGAAGAAGGGGACUUGUUGAGACACAGAGACCGCUUUUUUGAUGUGAAUGAAGUUAUUGGAAAUUGGAGUGAUGACACCGAUGAAGACCCCACAUACGAGCCUCCCAAUGAGCCGGAUCGUAAAGGAAGACACGUCAGAAGAGGAUCCACAACCAGAAGCAAUCCAGCGAAAAGAAGGAAAGAGAAGAAGGGCGCUCACUAA